AAAAGAGUUCAUACGUUCAUCUAGUGACAAUCCACAUCCAAAUAUAAUGGAGAAGGCUUAUUUCAAGGUGUUGUUCUGCAUUGCGCUCUUAACUUUCGUCGUUUUUUGUGGGAACAAGAAUCGUAUUGGAGCAGAAGGUAGAUACCUAAGCAAACCGUGCCAAAGUCAAGAUGAUUGUACUUCGUGGGGCCCUCAAUGCCACUGUGACUUGGGACUCCAUAUGUGUGUGUGCAAUGUACCACCAAGUGGAAGAUCUCCUCUAAAGUCCUUGGGACUUGAAGAAGGAUAUUGAAAGAAACAUGGAUUUCAUAUGAAUAAA